UUUAUAAACUGAUAAAUCUUAGAUGAUGUUCUCAAAGUAUUCGUUUCGGAAACCGAGAGUAAAGUAAAAAGGGUGGUUGACUGGUUUCAGCGUUUUGAGAAAGAAACAUGUGGUCACCAGAUAGUAGUUCAUCACCACCGGAAAAGACAUACGGCGUGGAGAUCAUCGGAAAAGAUGAAUCGGCGGCGGAUGAAGGAGGCAUGAUGGAAGAUUCGGUGAGAGCUGUAGAAAGAAUACUGAAAUACAAAUUCGCAAAAAAAGAAUUGUUAGAACAAGCCCUGACGCAUUCUUCUUCUUCUUCAAGUAGUUAUGAAAGGCUUGAGUUUAUGGGGGAUGCGGCUCUUUGUCUCGCUAUAUCCAACAUGUUUUACUUGACAUACCCGGAUCUUGACCCUGGCCAACUCUCCAUCCUCCGUGCUGCUAAUCUUAGCACCGAAAAACUCGCACGUGUUGCUGUCAAGCAUCACUUUUAUAAGUACAUCAAACAUAAUGCAAUUGAUGUUCUCAAUCAUAUGGUAUGGGAUUUUGUCAAAGUGGUUCAAGAAGAAGAAGACAGGAUGGUGGUGCACGGUGGGCAAAUGAAAGCACCCAAAGUUCUUGCCGAUAUCGUUGAAUCAAUCGCUGGAGCCAUAUACGAAGAUUGCGGAUGGGACUUGAAUUUCAUGUGGAAGGUAAUGAGAGAGUUACUUGAACCGUUAGUGAUGUUAAAAGUCCUGGAGAAACAACCACAACCUAUUACAAUGCUGUUUGAGCUGUGUAACAAGGAUGGGAAGCAAGUUGAAAUAAAACACGAGAAGAACGGUGACAAAAUCAUUGCCACUGUGUAUGUGAAUGGAGGGUCUGUUGCCUCUGCCUCUUCAGAUAAUAAAGUGAAUGCAAAACUUCAUGCUGCCGAGGCCGCAUUGUGUAUAUUAACGCGGCCAAACACCAACGAACAUAUUUAUGGUGAUUAUAAUGAAGACACUGAGAUUGAAGGCGCCAAGCAAAAAAUAUAUGGACUUUGCAACAAAAGAAAGUGGCCAAAGCCGAGUUACAGGGUUGAACAAGAGGGUCCUGCGCAUGCUAGAAUAUACAUAUCAUCUGUGCAAGUUCAUGCUUCCGAUGGUGAACUUCUAGUGAAGGGUAAUAAGAGGUCUAGAGUAAAAGAUGCAGAGAACUCUGCUGCCUCAAAGAUGUAUUACCGUUUGCAAAAAUCUGGACAUAUAUGAGAGUGUUGACUUAAAUGAACUAACAUGUCGAUUGAGAUUGUAGCACGCAUGCAGUAACAUUAGAUAACUUUGUUCCUA